AGAAGUUUUGGAUAAACAACAGCGGUGGACAUAAGGUAGCUGCGUGGUCUUCUGUGUCUUAUACACACACUGAGAGCACCUUAUUUGCUCGACAAGGAAAGCUUUACGUCAAUUAUCCAGCUAAUUGGUGAAAGGAGAGAAACUAAUGAUGGAGGUCCCUAAUAUUCACACUGUGCAGCUGAACCAGAACCUGCCACCGGUUCAGGGCCCCAUUAAGGACGUGUGGCAUAGUGUAAUAAGUGUCCCCAUGGGAACCAUUCCUACCAACAGUGAGGAUCCUCAACAUCAAGCUGGACGACAGGAUGAGGUACUUGUGAAUAAACGUGUGCAGACUGAAAGGUUUGGAGAGAAGCCGUUGGUGCUGCCUGCAGACGUGUCGGCUCCAGCUUGUGUUACUAUCCCAGAAACAACGGACUACCCAGGAGAAUAUGACUUCCAGCUUCGCUUUCAUGACGCUGGCACAACCAAGUCUGUUCCUAGCACUUUUUCGGAGUCUCUGAACAAGCUGUUUUGCCAGCUUGCGAAGACGAGUCGUAUUGAAGUUGUGGUUAGUAAGGAGCCUCCUCAAGGAGCUGUUCUCAGGGCCACAGCAGUUUAUAAGAAGGCCGAGCAUGUGGCAGAGGUGGUCCGUAGAUGUGCCCAGCACGAGGACGAGGACAUUGUUGAGCAUCGCAGCCAUCUGAUCAGAGUGGAGGGCAACGAGAGAGCUCAAUAUUUUGAAGACCCUCACACCAAGAGGCAGAGUGUGACUGUUCCUUAUGAGGCUCCUCAGUCGGGCUCAGAGAAGACGACCGUCCUGCUGAGCUUCAUGUGUAACAGCUCCUGCAUGAAGGGCAUGAACCGUAGACCCAUCCUCACCAUCCUGACCCUUGAAACUCAGGAGGGACUGGUUUUGGGACGAAGGUCCUUUGAGGUGCGUAUUUGCGCUUGGCCAGGAAGGGACCGCAAAACUGACGAGGCAAAUAAGGAAAAGACGCCAAACGGAAUCAAGCAGAUAAAAAAACGCAAGAGCGCCCCUCCUCCUGACAAAACUUCUCCGACCAAGUCUGAAUCUGCUCCGAGUAAAAAGGGAGAAACAAAGGAUGUUUCUGAUCUGCAUGGUUUGUGCGACUUUGACAGGGGCCAGAUUGUGAUUUCCAGACGACUCGGCCUGAGCCCCUUCCAGACUGCAGAUCUUGUGGGAUGUUCCCGGGCUGCGGUGGUCAGCGUCUAUAAACAGUGGUGCAAGGAAACAAAAGCAACGAACCAGGAACAGGUUCAGUUAGAGCUCAGUGACACACAAGGAGAAAAUGCUGAACCAAACGGAGACGACCCCCAACUAAAGCCUUGACAGAGACUUAUGGAAACAGACCAAAAUGAGAAGCCCAAAGUGAUCAAAUUAUCCUGUCCUGUCCUGGAGGUUGUCCUCCUUUCUUUGAAGUUUGUGUUGUCCAUCCAGCUGGGAUAGAGACACCCACACCCACACACUUACACACACACUUAGGCACACAUCCUCUUGUAUCCAUCAGGAGGGAUACAGAUGCAGAGAGGCCCCGCGGGCUGAUCUUGAGGUCCAGCGCCAGAGGUCGAGACGCAAGCAGGAAGCUCUCCUGACGUCAGCCAUCACUGGUUAGAGCUGAGAGGAGAGAGUACAGGAAGGAGACCGGCAACACUGGAGCCACACAGAAGAGGUGUCUGGUGUUUAUUGUGGACUGCUGGAGCACUGACUCACAAGACAUGUGAUUACAUUUUAAGAUUCCUCUUUAAAUCAACAGUCAUUGAAAAAUCUCUUGAGCUCCGAGCCAGAGGUUUGCAGACGGCCAAAUUUAGUCUUUGGUUGUAUGAGCUCUGUUUAUAUAAUGUCUACUGUUAUUUCUGAAGAUCAAUAAACUCAUGUAGUGAGAUCUGA